AUAAUGAUAACCAAUAUAUAAUAAAAGGUUCAUGAAAAACACUUCAGUCAAAUCUCAGUGGUAUUGAUGACUUUGCAUAAGAAAUGAUUGUCUUAUCAUUCAUCGGCCACUUUUCAGUGGGGUUAUUAACUCUUCUUGUGCUGCUCAUCGCUUACUACAAAUGGAGUUUCUUGUACUGGAAAAAGAAGAACAUCCCGUACAUCGAGCCGACCAUUCCAUUCGGAAAUCUAAUGAAUAUGGUGACGAGAAAAAUAUCUAGAAUCGAGGAAUUGACGAUGCUGUAUAAUAAUCUCAAAGCAAAGGGCUACAAGCAUUGUGGAAUAUGGCAGUUGGCAGCACCAACUUAUUUUGUGUUAGAUCUGGAUCUGCUCAAGAACAUUCUCAUCAAAGAUUUCGAUCAUUUUGUUGAUAGAGGUUUUUACUGCAAUGAAAAGGAUGAUCCAAUUGGUUGUCACCUUUUCGCAAUUGAAGGAGAUAGAUGGAAGAAAAUGAGGAAGCAAGCAUCGACCAUUUUUACAGCAACUAAACUCAAGGGAAUGUUCCAAAUUCUACAGGAAUGUGGGAAUAACAUGCAGAAUUACAUUGACAAUCUCAUAGAGAAUGGUGAUCAGCCGGUGAAUAUGAAAGACAUUGCAUCUUCUUUCACGGCUGAUACGGUUGGAUCUUCAACAAUGGGAAUCAAAUGCCGCAGUUUCACAGAUACUGACAAGAACUUCAUGAACCACGGACGACAAGCACUGGAAACAGACAGAAAAGGACAGCUCAGGCUCUUGUUUGGGCAGUUCUUCCCUAAUCUUGCCAGGAAGUUAGGUCUCCGACAGAUCAAAAGAGAAGUCAGCGAUUUCUUCUACAGAGUUAUUCUCGACACUGUGGACAAGCGAAAAAAGAAUAACGUCGAAAGAAACGAUUUUCUUCAGCUGCUCAUGAAUAUGAAAGAAAAUUCUAAUAGUGGACCUCCACUAUCGACUGACGAUUUAGUUGCACUUAGUUUCGGACUCUUCAUAGGCGGCUUUGAAACAAGCGCUUCAUCCUUCACAUUUUGCGUUUACUAUUUGGCUCUGCAUCAAGACAUUCAAGAAAAAGUCAGAGAAGAGGUCAAACGAGUGACAGCAAAAUACAACAAUGAGAUCACUUACGACUGCCUUUCCGAAUUGACCUACAUGCAACAAGUUUUCGAUGAAACAUGGAGGCUAAACCCACCAGCUCAUACAGUCAACAGAGUGUGUACCAAAGACUACAAAGUUCCCGGGGAAGAUUUGGUGAUAGAAAAAGGCACCCAAGUUUUGGUCACCAUUACCGGGAUACACCAGGAUAAAGAGUAUUAUCACAACCCCAAAGAAUUCGAUCCCGAACACUUCAACGCGGAAAAUAGCAAGAAUCGGCCUCCGUUCGCCUUCAUUCCUUUUGGUGCUGGCCCCAGGAUUUGCAUAGGUGAACGGUUUGGAAAAAUGAGUUUGAAAUCUGCGAUGGCUCUGUUGUUGAGAAGAUAUAGAGUAACGUUAGCCAAAAGAACCUUGGUUCCCUUGAAACUCUGUCCCACUCCAUUCGUACCAGUCGCAGAGGGGGGAGUAUGGGUCCAUUUCCAAAAACUUUGAAUAAAACAACUUUUUUUAUUUAUUUUAUAUCUAAAUAGUAUAAGAUGAUUGUAUUAUUGUUGAGAUUUGUUAUGCAAAUUAAUAAACUAUAAUGCAAAAAUUCAACACGAUAUUAUU